GGGUGAUUCCACUGUAUACGAACUCGUGUUGGGCCCCUCCUAAAACAACAACAUAAGAGGAAUAAUUAUUCGAUCAGCCAGGAAGGGAAACAAAAGAAGUAGAAAGAACAUCUGCAGAUUCUAUCAGCAAAGAAAAGAAGAAGAAAGAAGAAAGAAGUAGCAUAUAGUAAGGAUUCAAUCAGCAAGCAAGAACAUUAUAGCCGGCCGUAAAUUUACAACCGGGUGUCCGGUAUAGUUGCGACGCCCCCUCCCCCAUUUUUCCACAGGCCGCGUUCCGUUUUAUCGCUGCAGCGGGUCUUGAAGAGUUUUGAGAAACCUGUAGGGGGCUUGAAGGGAAGAGGAUUAUGCGAUCAAAUGCCUAUGGCUGAGAAACAAUUAAUAAUUGCAGUUGAAGGCACCGCCGCCAUGGGCCCCUACUGGAAUUCCAUUGUCACAGAUUACCUCGAAAAAAUCAUUAGGUGUUUUUGUGGAGCUGAGACAGUAACACAGAAGCCAUACGGGGCUAAUGUGGAGUUUGGUUUGGUAAUGUUUAAUUCACAUGGCUCUUAUAGUGCUUGUUUGGUUCAACGAAGUGGCUGGACGAGAGAUGUUGAUCUUUUUUUCCAGUGGCUCUCCUUCAUACCCUUUGGUGGUGGGGGUUUUAAGGAUGCUGCAAUCGCUGAAGGGCUUUCUGAGGCUUUAAUGAUGCUUUCAUCUCCGAGUGGAAGCCAAAGUAAGCAGACUGUGGAAGGGCAAAAGCAUUGCAUUCUUGUUGCUGCAAGUAAUCCUUAUCCAUUGCCUACACCAGUUUAUAGACCACCAAUACAGAAUUGCGAGCCGAUUGAAAAUGAAACUCAGACUGAUGACCGCCGUCUAUCCGAUGCCGAGACAGUUGCAAAAUCAUUUGCUCAGUGUUCUGUUUCCCUGUCAGUUUUAUGUCCAAAGCAGGUCUUAAAACUCAAGACAAUCUAUGCUGCGGCAAAAAGUAAUCCACGAGGAGCGGACUUACCCAUUGACAAUCCGAAGAAUCCAUAUUACCUUGUUCUAAUUUCUGAGAACUUUAUGGAGGCUCGUGCUGCUUUCAAUCGCACCGGAAUGCCAAGUUUGCCUUCAAAUCAAAGCCCUGUUAAAAUGGACGUGUCUUCUGUUAUUCCCAUAUCUGGACCACCUGCUUCAGUUCCUUCAGCAAAUGGUCCUGUCACGAACCGGCAACCGAUUUCUACUGGAAACAUUCCCUCUGCUACUGUUAAAAUUGAGCCCACAACUGCAACCUCCAUGCCAGCGCCCACAUUUCCACAUGUUCCAUCAGUUGCUCGUGGUACCUCUCAACAUGUUCCAAACCUUCAAACUUCUUCACCUAUUUCUGUUCCCCAGGAAAACAAUGAAACUCUGCAGGAUACAAAGCCAAUGGUCGGCCAUGGAGUGUCACAGCCAGUACGUCCAUCUGGUGGUGCUUCAGCUGCCAAUGUGAGAAUUUUGAAUGAUGUUGCCGUUGCCCAGGCACGUCAGGCUCUUUCUGGGGUUACUUCUCUUGCUGGGGGAACUCCUAUGCUCUCAAACGUGAUAUCCAGCGGGAUGGCAUCCUCCAUUUCUACAGCUCAAAUGGUUACGUCAUCAGGACCCACUGGACAAAGCUCUGCUCCUCCUACAUCAUUCGUUUCCACAUCAUCUGCCGUGUCAUCAGUUUCAAACCCAUCAACCAUGUCACAAUCAAUGAAUAAUAAUACUCUCCCAAGCAGCAUGAGUAUGGGUCAAACAGUAGCUGUCUUGAACCAAGCAAGCAUGGCUGGCUCUCAAAUGGUGCAAACUGCAACAAGCAGGAGUCAGCAGAGUAUGACUGCUGUGCCUUCUGGUACUAUGUUGGUUUCUACUCCGGCAAUGAGUCAACAAGGGCAACAGGGGAUUCAGCAGCAAAUUGUGAAUAGUAGCAAUACAGCAGUGACUAUGUCUCUCCCCCCGCAGCAAGCAUCUAAUCAGAUGCAUUCAUCUAAUCCGAUGCAAUCGUCUAAUCAGAUGCAAACUUCUCAGUCAAAAUAUGUCAAAGUCUGGGAGGGAAACUUAUCUGGACAACGACAAGGACAACCUGUGUUCAUCACCAGACUAGAGGGGUAUAGGAGUGCAUCAGCAUCUGAAACGCUUGCUGCAAAUUGGCCUGAAACCAUGCAAAUAGUACGACUUAUUUCCCAGGAUCAUAUGAGCAACAAGCAAUAUGUUGGUAAAGCAGAUUUUUUAGUUUUUCGGGCCAUGAACCAGCAUGGUUUUCUUGGUCAAUUACAAGAAAAGAAGCUUUGUGCAGUCAUUCAAUUGCCCUCACAGACACUAUUGCUCUCUGUUUCUGACAAAGCUUGCCGCUUGAUCGGGAAGCUUUUUCCAGAGGAUAUGGUGGUAUUCAAACCCCAGAUCCCAAACCCACCACAGCAACAGCAGAUGCAACAGCAACACCCGCAGAUUCAACAGUUGCAGCAGCAGAUGCAACAGCAACAGCAACACCCGCAGAUUCAACAGUUGCAGCAGCAGACACUCUCACAUAUGCAACAACUAUCACAACUCAUGCAGCAACUGCAGCAGCAGCAGAUAACACAAUUGCAACAAUCACAACAGCAGCAGCAACAACAGACACUAUCACAUAGACAACACCAACAACAACCGCAACUCAUACAGCAACUCCAGCAACUGCAGAUAACACAAUUGCAACAAUCAGAACAGCAGCAACAAAUGCAGCAGCAACCUCAGCAAGGGUAUAUGCAAGAGGGGUGCUCGCAGAUGAUGUCUCAGGGCAAGUAUCAUCACAAAGACUUCUAGACCUACCCACAAGCGGAUUUAUGAAUUGAUCCUUUUCACCCUGCAAGACAGGGUAUGUAUCUUCCAUGUGCUUAGAUCUGCUACGUGAAAUUUGUGGGCAUUAUUAUCUAAUGUACUGGGAAAAUUUGAUAUGAGGCUAACUUAUUGUGGAUUCCUUGGAGUACAAUCAAGGGCAUUUUCAAAUAUAUGUUAAUUUGCUUGAACAUUGUGUUCAAUUUUUGUGCAAGCCUCCUUCAUUACUCUACCAACGGGAAUACUAAUGGAAAUAUUGUGCGUUUCUGCUCUCACG